UUCACCAUGGUCAAGGUCACCCUCUCCCUUUCAGUCCUCCUCUUGGCUGUCGUCGCCGUCAGGGGUCAGUCCACCAUUGUCAUCGCCGAUUACCCCAAAAUCAACGAGGUCCCAGACGUCAAUUCCGCUCAGGUCCAGGCCUGGUUGAAGGAGAUUGACCUCACUGGCUCCCCCGCCAUCCCCAAGCUGACUGCUCCCAAGGGCUCCCCCCCAGACUGCGCCAACCGCACCCUCACUGCUUGCACCUGGACUUGCGAUAACUGUGCGUCUGACGAUAUCACCGCUUGCGCUGCCGCCAAAACUUGGGGCCUCACCUUCGAUGAUGGUCCCUCGACCGAGACCCCCAGACUGUUGGACAUGCUCAAGACCCAGAACUUGAAGGCUUCGUUCUUCCUCAUCGGCUCCAACGUCAUCCAGUACCCCGCCACUGCCAAGCGUGAACUGGAUGAGGGUCACCACUUGGCCUCCCACACCUGGUCUCACACUGCCCUGACCACCCUCUCGAACGAGCAGAUCGUCGCUGAGAUGAAGUGGACUGAGAAGGCCGUCAUGGCCGCCACUGGUCUGAGACUCAAGUACAUGCGUCCCCCA